AUGGGGAAGCCUGUGCCCCACAAGUGCGCUGUCCCCGCGGGACCCGCCACUCCGCGCCCUUUUCAGGCGCCUUUUGGGGAUGUGGCCGUCUUUAAAGCACCGCGGCUGCCUGGAGCCGCACCGCUGCCCUUCGCACAGCGCUGUCUCCAGGACACAGGAGAAAGCGCUGCCCGAUUUCACUCCCGCCCGGGGCAGGGAGUCCCGGGGCCAUCGCCGGCAGCUGCCGGCUCGGUGCCCGCGGGGCCGGGGCGGGAGCGGGGCUGCGCUGGGCUCUCCCGGCACUCGCGGCCAGCACUGCAGGGCCGCCCGGUGACCGGACACCGGCUGCAAAAACGCUCUGAAGAACUGCGGGCGGAUGCAUUUGUGCUGAGCUCUGCCGGGAAGAUCCACUCCGCUGUGCGAGGGGUACCCGGUAGGAGCCUCUCGCCGGGCUGGGCUGAUGGCAGCGCCCCGGCAGAGCAGAGGGGCUCCCAGCAGCGCCCGCCGCGGUGCGGGGCCCGGCCGGGGUCGGGGCCGGGGCCGAGCAGCCCGGGCUCUCCACCCCGCCACCACCCCCCGCCGCCGCCGCCGCCGGCCGGGAGCCGCGGCCCGGGGGGCGCCCGGCGGCAGCUGGUCUAUGUCUUCACCACCUGGCGCUCGGGCUCGUCCUUCUUCGGGGAGCUCUUCAACCAGAACCCCGAGGUCUUUUUUCUCUACGAGCCGGUGUGGCACGUCUGGCAGAAGCUGUACCCCGGUGACGCCGUGUCGCUGCAAGGGGCGGCCCGCGACAUGCUGAGCUCCCUGUACCGAUGCGACCUCUCCGUCUUCCAGCUCUACAGCACGGCGGGCGCCGGCAAGAACCUCACCACGCUCGGCAUCUUCGGGGCGGCCACCAACAAGGUCAUCUGCUCCUCGCCCCUCUGCCCGGCCUAUCGCAAGGAGGUGGUGGGGAUGGUGGACGACCGGGUGUGCAAAAAGUGUCCCCCGCAGCGCCUCAGCCGCUUCCAGGAGGAAUGCCACAAGUACCACACGCUGGUCAUCAAGGGCGUGCGUGUCUUUGACCUGGCCGUCCUGGCCCCGCUCAUGAGGGACCCGACCCUGGACCUCAAAGUCAUCCAUCUGGUGCGGGACCCCCGGGCCGUCGCCAGCUCCCGCAUCAAGUCCCGGCACGGCCUCAUCCGGGAGAGCCUGCAGGUGGUGAGGAGCCGGGACCCCCACAUCCACCGCAUGCCCUUCCUUGAUGCUGGCCACAAGCUGGGCGGGAAGAAGGAGGCGGGCGGCUCGGACUACCAUGCCCUGGGUGCCAUGGAGGUCAUCUGCAGCAGCAUGGCCAAGACCCUGCAGACUGCUCUGCACCCCCCUGACUGGCUCCAGGGCAAUUACAUGGCCGUGCGCUACGAGGACCUGGUGGUGGAGCCCAUCAAGACCCUGCGGCAGGUGUACGGCUUUGUGAACCUGGCAGUCAGCCCGGAGAUGGAGAAGUUCGCCCUCAACAUGACCAGUGGCCCCGGCUACUCCUCCAAGCCGUUCGUGGUGUCGGCCAGGAACGCCACCCAGGCGCUGAGUGCCUGGAGGACUGCGCUCAGCUACCAGCAGAUCAAGCAGGUCGAGGAGUACUGCCAGCAGCCCAUGGCCCUGCUGGGCUACGAGCGGGUCGGCAGCCCCGAGGAGGUGAAGGACCUCAGCAGAACGUUGCUCAGGAAGCCGCGGCUGUGACGGGGCAGCGGCGCCCGGGGCGGCGGAGCCCGGGCGGAGGAGCCGCUCCGGCUGCCGGGAGGGAGGGAGCCGGGAAAAACAGCCUGGUCUCCGAUUUCCUCCAAAGACUGCUGAAGG